UCUGCCAAACCCUAAACCCUAGCCGGUAAACCCUCGGAACUCAACAGAGAAAGCGGGAUGGGGAGCGACAGCGAAUCCGAGAGGACGGCCCAGAAGGAGCGGGAGAAGAAGAAGUAUCUGGCUAUCGCCCCCAUAGCCAAACCUUUGGCCGGAAAAAAGCUUUCCAAGCGCACUCUGAAGCUUGUUCGUCGAGCGGCGGAGCACAAAUGCCUGAAGAGAGGAGUUAAGGAAGUGGUCAAGAGUAUUCGCCGCGGUAACAAAGGAAUAUGUGUUAUUGCUGGGAACAUAUCACCCAUAGACGUGAUCACUCAUGUACCCAUCUUAUGUGAAGAAGCCAACAUUCCAUAUGUGUAUGUCCCAUCAAAGGAAGACCUUGCCAAUGCCGGAGCCACCAAGAGGCCAACGUGCUGUGUUUUGGUACUAACGAAGCCCACCAAAGGUGAACUCGGACAGGAGGAGCAAGAGAAGUUGAAGGGCGAAUGCGAUCAGGUCGCAUCCGAACUAUCCGAAUUGGCAAACACAAUGUUUUGAUCAGUCUGUAAUAUUCAUCAGUUUAUGACAUGUAGCUAUAAUACUCAAGAUCAUCCAUUGUUCACGCUGCUUUUGUGUUAUUCAGCAAAUAUUUCCUUGCUAUUUAUAAAUCCAGUGCUCUUUUUCUUGUGCA